CUAUCACUUUGAGAGCUCAAGGCCGAUACGUGGCCUACGAGAGUAUCGACACCGAAAGGCGCCGGAAACACAGCCGCUGAUUCGAAAGCUUUUCACUUGUCGGAAACGCUACGGUGACAAGUUGGACGACAAGUUUGACAAAUCGUGCACAGUGCAGAGCAAUAAAUGGAGAUUGCCUUGCAAACGAACAACCAAAUGGAUUUCAUUCCCGACCUCUUCGACGAGUUGGUGCUCGAGAACAUCUUGCCAAGGCUACCUUGGUACACUCGCCCGGUGUGCCGAGCAGUCUCCAGCUCCUGGAAAGCUCUCGUGGACAGCGCUCUACGCGACGAUCAUCUCAUCAGCAGCACUCGCGACUUCCAGCUCCCGCUGCUCCGAGACGCUCCAGUGGUCUGUCUGGGAAACGAAUACGAGGUACUCGAAGCUCUCAUUUCGGACAGGUCACGGGGGUCACAGGUGUGGCGGAAGCUCCCGCCGAUAGAGAAUCUACCCGAGGGACGAGCAAAGAUUGUUGCAUGGUCCGGCAUGGUUCUCGUGUGGACUUUGGCACCAGGCAAGUGCUGGUCACCUUCGAGAGAUCUCAUCUUUAAACUCGACGUCGGUGGUGCUAAGUGGACGUGGGACGUGAUUCCGGCCAAAAACUCCAGUAACUGGUUCGACGCCAUCGCUUUUAGUGGCAAGAUAUACUCGACCUGGGAAAACAGGGGAUCUCCCUAUAGCCUCCGUGCUCCUGUCAAGCUGGACGUCAGGGUAUUUGAUAUGAAGGUGGACGCGUGCAACGCUAUUGGAAAGUGGAAUUUUUCCAACAUUGCGGUGGCGCUCUCGCCGGCUGGCGACGAAAACUUGUAUGGUCUACAGUGGCACAAGGAGACAGUGGAACUCAUGCGCUACGAUGCUGCGUCGAGUACGUGGAAGCCCCAAGAGGAGAUACCAAGGCAGACAGAGCACAGGAACUCGACGCUCACGGUAGUGAGUGGUGAUUGCUUUGAUCCUCCAGUGAAGCUGGGAAUCAAUGCCAUCACUUACGGUUACCUCGAUGGCAAUGCUAUACACUGGUAUAACUCGGCAGUGCAAAAGACUUGGAUGGCGAUUGCGGAGAACAGGCCCGAAGAAGCAGCGAGUUUCAAGGUUUUUGUGAUCCGAGGCGUCCUUUACGCAGGCUCGACGUCGAUCGAUCCGAAGAAAAUUAAACGCUGCAAGAUUUUCGAAGGAAAGAUAGAUGUGGCAAGCAGGAGGAUGGUGUGGGAACCAGUUGCUGGCUUUCCCGUGGCGAUCACUUGCUUCACUCGGAUGACUUAAGUAUGAGUAUGUCCCUGUUUCUUCGAUGCGAUUGAUCCUUUGUCUCGGUUUUUCCACCGCUGGCCGCCGCUAUACCAAUGUAAUUUUGUCCUCUUUUUCUUG